UUCGAAGAGCUUGGACUGCUGAGUUCAUGCCCAGGUCUGACAGUUCAUAAGUCUACAGCCGGAUGCUUUUUAAUCCUCGAGAUCUACUCAGGCCAUCCGUUCGCUCAAUACAAACUCGGUUCGCUCAUUCUGUAUCGGGCAUCUUGUCCGCGUCAUUCGUUACCCCAUUGCAGUCGUUCCUCGAGUAGGAUUUCGACUCGACCGUUCGUUUCUCUCAAGAUACCCUUCACUAUAUUCUUUCCUUCUCUGGACUGCGACUGGAAUACCCAGGAUCGGUGUUGUCGCAGCGAUAGUCCACUGCUUAUGUUUCGAAACCUAAUUUCUGGACCGUGGGAUCCAUAGACGGACAAUUGCACAACCGCGUUCGGGUUUUGUCAAGAGCUUGGAUGCCCUGGUUCGACCUUGUUCUCAUAUGGUCUUUAUGAGAACCAUAUCUCGUCAUGGAGUCGAAGCACUCUCUCUGGAGCUCCCAAUCUACCAUGGUGUCGCUAAGAACCGUCUGCGGACGAUUCUGUGUCCCGAGAAUCUUAGCCACUGUUAUCGGCACAGCGACUUUCAUCACGCUCGCCGCAUCAACUGUGUUCACAGUUCUCAAUGCAAUCGCAUGGGCGCCCGUUCCGGUGGUAUUCCGGGGCGCAGCGACUGCCGCAAGCGUAUUCGACGUUCUAGCUAUCCUAUCGCUAUUCCUUGCCUUCGUCAGCGGAACUUGUAGCUGGGACGUGAAACGGUUACCGAAUAACUGUUUUUGGCGGUUCGUCCCAGCAUUGUGCAUAACGAUUGCCAUCAUUGCGAUCUGUUUGACUGUUCGGACGUCGAUCUUGAAGUCCCAAAAUGACGACCUGCUAGGGAAAAAUUCUCUCCCAGUGUGGACCGCACCAUCCAGCGCGGAAUACGCGGUGUGGGCUUCGGCAAUGGUGUUUCAAAUCGCUUUUUACUCUAUCAUUCUCCUUGCUCGUCUGAAGCGCUGCACGUCACGAGCUCACACCACAACUUCAUCGCCCCGGUCACAACGAUCCACACGGGACCCAAAAUCCAUCUCUGCCGCGACGGGCGACACAGAGAGUACGAUGCAGAUGUCCCUCACCAUAAUGCCUCCCCAGAGCACUCGUUCCUCUGUCGGACACAUAUAUCUCCCUUCCCCCACAUACUCGUACCACUCAUCAAGCUCACCUCGCCGGUCAUGGCGAGAAUCCCUCCAUCAGGCCGUUCGACCUAUCACCUCCAAAACAAAACUCAUCCGAACCACUCCAUCUGUAAACGCCUCAUUCGUGGCCUCCGAUGCUCGAUCAUUUGAUUCCUCAACCCCUCGUCACUCCGAUGCUUUUGAUGCAUGGGAUACGAGUGAUGUUGACCCGGGCUUUAAGGAAUCGGUUAUACAUGGAGGUGCAACCGCCGUGCCGAGAUCACACGCUGCACAAAAAGUCACGGCACCACAACCCCGUGGAUCGACUCCGCUUCCAACAAUACCUGGCAGUCGGCCGGUAUCACAGGCGGAUGUUCUUGACAAUCCAUUCCAUACACAGCUGGAGGAAAACCCCCCCAGCACCACAUCCACAGAAAUAGACAACUACAAAUCCACGCAGCAAGGCACAAACACCCCCCGCAAGCUCUCCACAACCCAAUCCCAACCUAGCCGAUCUAAUUUCUCCUCCACCUCCGUUCCCUACGCCUUAUCGACCUCCAACCUCCCACCUCCGCCCCCCAUUCGCACCAACUCCCGCCCCACCUCCCCAUCCCUCCACUCCUCCCCCCUCGACCCCCACCCUUACGACCUCACCGACCUCCCCACCCCCGACGAAUCUUUCAUCCAUCCCCUCUUCCGCUCCGAAUCCCCCACUCCACCUCCCCGCGCCACCCCCGGAACCUCCAUCACCGGCUCCCACUUCCCCGGCACCAUUAUUUCACCACCCCGUGCCCCCAGCCGUAUGCGCUCCGCCUCCCCGGCCCCUUCCCUCUCUUCUGACCUCCCGCCCCACGCCUCAACCACUAGCCUCCCCCCUGCCGACUCCCCCCUCCACCAACACACUCGUGACUCCCAAAUCGCAACCCCCGAACCCUUCCAACCCCGAAGCCGCUCCGCCAGCCGCACAAGCAGCUACUCCACGAGCACGUACCCCGAUACCCCCCUCUGGCACGGCCAACGCCGGCCCAGCAGCCGCGCGAUCGUUGGGGUCGGGUUGCCCCACCCGCCGAACAUCGGCAGGAAAAUGUCGAAUGAAACGGUCUGGAGCGGGGUGACCGGGGCGGUGGGGUUAGGGAUGGGCACCCCUCACUCACCAGUUCGGACGAAGAACAGCGCUUCUUCGAUGCAAGGGGCGGGGACAGCGACGACGAUAUCGGCUGGUAGGAAGGGGAGUGAGACGAGUCCGGGACGCCGGAAAGGGAGUCGGGGAGCAAUAGAGGAGAAAGAGGGUGAAAAGGCGGAGCCGCUCGUGAUGAGUGGGCAGACAAGCAAGAGCGGCAGCCGAGCGGGCAGCGUGCGGACACAGCAGUCUGCGCGGGAGCGGGAUGAGGGGGCGGCGAUUCCGGGGUUCGUGUUGCAGGCGCGAGCUGAGAGGAUGGGAUGAAUUUUUGGGAUCGGGAUUGGCGUUGGAAUAUACACGACUGGAGCGAUAAUGCGA